GGGACGUUCCCCCGCGGCGCGGCCGCCCCCGAGCGCGUGUGGACGCCCGGCUCUUUCCUUGGCGUCUUCUGGAGCAUCUCGCCGGUCCUUCCACGUGGCCCGUUUUGCCUGGGCCUGCUGGGUUUCCCCGCCCGGCCGCUGGUUUGUGCGGCGUUUGUUUCUCUGCUGCCGGGUGCGAGGGGCAGUCAGCGUGGGUCUUCCCGGAGUAAACGGGCUGUUGUGCCACUGAACUGCGCUGUUUCAAACCUACAGAGCUCCUCAGCCUGGAUUAUGAGAAUGAAAGUGAUAACUCAGAAUAUUUCUAAGGAAGAACUAUGUUGUGAUAUGGAAGGAUUUGCAAGGGAGGCUCCAUGUUUUUCCAUUCUCAGUGAUGGUUGGGACUGUGUAAACCAGAAGAGACAUUUGAAGCAGUCAGCUUUAACUCCGGAGAAACUAGGAGCUCAAGAAGCAGUUUAUGAAUAUACUGGUGUUGGGGAGCAUUUGAGUGCACGCUCAGACUUGGUACCAUCUCAGAGAGUUCCUACAACAAAUGGUUUCUAUAUACAUGACUCACAUGUUCAGAGUUUGAAUUCUGAUCCAGUCUUACUUGAUUGUCCUAAAAAUUAUGCAAGUAAGAGAACUGGUGACAGUGAUGCCUGUGCUAAAGACUUUGACCACUCCAUGGAAGUUAUUCAGCUUGGAAGAAAUCAAAUGAAGGAGAAGCUCUUUAAUUACCCCGAAAGUGUUAUAUCUUUCAACCAUUUUACAUGCCUUGGUGAUACCAAAAAAAUGAAAAAAGGCAAGAAACUAUAUGAAAGUAAAGACAUCUUUACCCUGAGCUCCUCUGUGAAUGAACAUAGGAGGACUCACCCUGGAGAAAAAUCUCAUAAAUGUGCUGAAUGUGGAAAAUGCUUCAAACGAAACUCUUCUCUUGUUUUGCAUUAUCGAACUCAUACUGGAGAGAAACCUUAUAGCUGUAAUGAGUGUGGAAAAUCCUUCUCCAAGAACUACAAUCUGAUUGUACAUCAAAGGAUCCAUACAGGAGAGAAGCCGUAUAAGUGCAAUAAAUGUGGGAAAGCUUUCAGUGAUGGGUCAGCUCUGACACAACACCAGAGAAUUCACACGGGUGAGAAACCUUAUGAAUGUCUAGAAUGUGGGAAAACCUUUAACCGAAAUUCAUCCCUUAUUUUACAUCAAAGAACUCAUACAGGGGAAAAACCAUAUAGAUGUAAUGAGUGUGGGAAACCCUUUACUGACAUCUCUCAUCUCACAGUGUGCGCACAACUCCAUGGCUGUCGCCGU